CUAAUUUCUUUGAAGAGCGUUCAUAUCUGGGCCUUUUUGUCGUUGCCAAAGACUCUGUUUUGACCUGCGGGCGCAUGCGCCGGGGCUGCUCAUCUGCGACAAUCCAGCAGCGGAGAACCCCCUCCACCCCCCCCAUUACGAGACCGGUCUAGAAGGCUUGAUGAGUGCCAGAGAUCCUGAGUUGGGCCGUCGUCCAAGACCGUUUGGAUGCACCCUUUAAACCCUUUUCUUCGUGCCUUCUUCCGAAGCACUGUUCCGGGGCAGUGUAUACCCAUCGAGAAUCAUGUCCUCCUCGUGCCUGUGACGGAAUCCUUGGUUGGAUCGCGCGACCGCGAGUCCUCCCUAUUCUACUCGGACCUAGUUGUUUCGGAAGAAUUUCUCGGAAGCCAUACCUUACGUAUACCAGUCGCUUCUGGGACUGGCGGGGGCAAAGAUGACUCGAAUAUACGGGACAGCAGAGGCAAGGCCAAGCAGGUGACAACGGUGAAUGGACGAACCGUCAUCAUCAAGGAGAACUCAGUGUACAGCAAUAAAGGUUUCAAAUCGCUAAGCCAAGCCCAGCUGGUGUCUGACGCGUUAUAUUACACCAACAGUAAUGACUCCCAGCCUUGGCUUAUUUACUACAUCUCUCGUCCAUUGAUCGGCUCGUUUGACCCCGGAAGGAUCAUUACUGCCGUAGUGCCAGGGGCACACCCAAAACUCACCACAGUGAGUAAUGGGAUCAAAACCGGCGAGUCGGUCUCCUCGCCCCCGAAGAAAGAGAUCAAGACCUUUGGAGAAUUGCUGGCAAAUUUUCCAAUGAUUGCAAGGCAGAUGCAACCUGGUUUGGAACGGCUAUUCAAGGAGUUCGGGAAAGAGCUAGGCAAACCUCUCCCUCCCCCUCCAUCGCGAUCUCCUGUGAUGUUUGAAGAAUAUGAACGGAAGCAGAGCCGUGAGGAACCAUCUUUCGAUGAAGCUGCUUCCAUCCGCUCCACACGCAGCAGGGAAGGGCUUCCGUUCAAUUCUGAAGAGUAUUUUGAGGAUGACGAAGAUUUAAUGCGUCGCAGCCUCGAGACAGCUGUCACGGCUGCCAUCGACUUGUUCCGGUUGGUGGACAAACAGCAAUUGUCUUUCCUUGGUGCCACCACUGAUCUCACCGGACCAUUGGUCGAACGGCUUAUUGAGCGUUAUGUGGCGGAGCAGGUGCAUGAAAAGCUACUCUUUCCCCGACUCUGCAAGUUUCGGCUCCCGGAAGAUGCUGAGUUGGAUUCUCGCAUUCGAUACAUGGAAAACAUUGAUAUCUCCCAAGUAGGUAUUGUGGUGGAAGGAGGCCGAGAGGGCAAGCGAGAAUUAUUGCAACGGCUCGGUAGAGCAGUUGAGGAGUUCCGCAAGAUGCUUGAUGCCAAAUGCCCUCACGACAUGCUAAAUACCUUGCUCGAGACAGUCAAAAUUCUGUCUUACCCGGGCAGCUAUAGUAAAACGGAUUCGCAUUCCUCAGAAAAGCAAUUUGCGCCAGUGACCAUCAACGCAGACAUUCUAGUCUCAUUGUUACUCGUCGUUGUGAUAAGAUCUCAGAUCAAGAACUUGCAGGCCCGCUUGAUGUAUAUGCAACACUUCAUCUAUAUUGACGAUGUCGACAGUGGUGAAAUGGGCUAUGCACUGAGCACUCUUGAGGCUGUUCUUACUUAUUUGGUGACGGAUUCCGCCGGCCUUCGAAGGGCGAGUAUCAGAAAUAAACGUUUGUGGAAUGCCACCAAGCACGGGCGUGUUGUUGAUAUGAAAGCGAUUCUGGAGCCUAAUUGUGAUCAAGAAUCGAUAGAUGACCUCCCGUGUGAGCCUGAAGAAAGGGUUGUUUUGUUUAAGACAAGAGAUGACGAGGAUUCGAGCCCGAUUUCACAGUCAUCUGCGCUAAUACGUGAUGAUCCGCCUAGUGCAUUUGGCGAAGAUGGAAUGGCAUCUACUAAUGGUGAUUCCGAAGCCCCCCCUCUUUCGCACGUCUUUCCCUUCCAGACAUGGGCGAACAUUUCGCCUCCGAUAGAAGUGCGACGUCCAAUCAAGAAAGUCUCAAUGGACGUGCGUAGCCUGUCCGGAUCAUCUGCCAUAUCAUUCGCCUCCCGAACAACUACAAUGGAGUCGAUCACAAGCGCAAUAGAAGGUGACAGCUCGAUUGAGACUCUGACCAAGACGCAGGAUCCUGCUGGUGAUUCGAUUCCAAUGAUGGCCGUGGAAAGUCGCCAACCGGAAGCUCUGAGAUACCUACUUAGCCUGCAAGAAUAUUACCCUCUGGAGGAUAUUCUCGAGGAUUCGAACACUGAUGGCACAACACUAUUGAGUGCUGCAGUUCAGCUUGCUCACACUGACAUUGUGGAGAUCCUGCUGGAUUAUCUUUUCAAUGCAACUGAUAAGCACACCAUUGCCUCGUACAUGCAGAAGUCCGAUAUGCAUGGACGUACUGUUGCCCAUUACCUAUUCAGCACACCGUCUGUGAUGCAUAGACUCGAGGGGCUCCUUCCAUGGUGCCAACGCGAUAAGCAUGGGCAAACUCCGCUUUUUGCAUUGUGCCGUUCUUAUGACCACCCUGACUAUAAGUCAAUGGUUAAUGAAGCCUUGGACGCUGCUCAGAAAGCCCAAGGAGAUGGCAAUGCUCUGCGCCUUGACGAACACAUUGACUCGAAGGGGAACACCUUACUUCAUAUUGUUAGUGACCCUGAGAUUACAGUUCGUAUCUUACAAGGGUGUGACUGUGAUCCCAAUGCGACGAAUGACAAGAGAUUCACGCCACUCAUGAUGGCGAGUAAAUAUGGACGCAUCGACCAGGUCCGAAUUCUCUUUGCGGACCCUCGAGUGGAUGUCCACCUCAAGGAAAGUCGCGGGUUGACCGCUGUUGAGUUGGCCAAGGACGACGAAGUUCGCAAUCGCAUCGAUGAUUUAAUACUUCUGUCCACGCCUCCUCCUGUGCUUGAUGAGCAGUCAGGUCGAGUGACAACUGUUGUCCGCUCAUAUUUCGUUGAAGAUGCGACGGUUCGAUUUGUUCUGAAAUCUGGUGCCCCUAGUCCGGCCGCAGACAAUCCGGAUUCUCGGCCUGCAUCGGGCACGACAUACACCGUCACAACAUGUCGCCGCACCUUUUCAGAUUUUGAGAACCUCGCUCGAUGUCUUUCGACCGAGCACCCCGCUUCAUACAUACCAUCAUUGUCAGACUUUCGUAACCCGUUCCAGAUUCAUUCCAAACCAUCUCGCUCUGUGCUUCAUGACAUGCAAGAGAAACUUGACAAAUUCUUGAAGGUUCUAUUGUCUCAUCCGACCUUCGCGACCCACGAAAUGCUCUGGGAGUUCUUCCUUGUUCCGGAGCUUCAGCCGGACAUGAUGGCAGAUCGGUCGCAUCGAAAAGCCCAAGUACUUGCGGAGUCAAUCAACGACGACUAUGCCCCCGUCACUCCAGAAGGUAUGAGGGAAACCGAGCAAUUUGUCUCGCAUGCUCAGGACAUGGUUCGAGCCGUCCAUGUGAACACGCGCAGUUUGAUUCGUCGUGGCCACGCUCUUCAGAACUCUGCGUCUGACAUGGCGGACGCAUUGGCUCUCUGCUCCGCGUCGAUUUCCACUCUUAAGGAUCCGUCGCAGGCACUUCCCCAGUCCCAUGUCGAUGCAUUUAUCCGCUACGCCCUGUGUCUCUCGACAUCAUCCUCUAACUCGUCGCCUCUAUUGCAAUUUGUCGCAGCGUUCACUUCCAUUGAUAACACCACUACGGCUGUACUCACGUCCCUCUCGCGGCCUAUAUCGCUCAUUUCCAAUUUGUCUUCGACGAACCGAAACCUCUCACGGUCUCGCUCGUCCCUCCUCUCGUCGUCCCUCCCACGGAAAUUCAACCUCAACUUCCCUGGGCUGGAAGAGUCGCGACAAAAGUCGGUCCGUGAAUUGGAAAGCAAGAUUCAGGAACAUGAAGCGCAAGUGGCGCGCCUCUCUCGUGAGAUCUCGUGGAAUAAAGAUGUAGUGGUUGGGGAGCUCGCGGGCUGGACCUCAUGGCGGGAGAAGAUUGGUCGAGACGCAAUCCGGUCAUUUGUCAAGGCCACAUUGGUUCGUGAGAAGGAACGAGGGAAGAGGCUCGAGCGGUGCUUGAGGAGUGUACAUGAGAUGCAGUAAUGAGUACUAGGUAGGAGUUCAAUCCCGCUAAAGGGGGCUAAGCGCAAAGUAAUAAAC